AGGAGAGGCCGUGCACGGUGCGUCUUUCCACGGCGUGUACUUGUGGAGCUGCGACUUUAGGUUUGUGGUCCUGCGGGGCGGAGGAUGAGAGCUUGGAGCUGUGCCCCUUAUUUUUAGGCUUUCUCCGUCCCCCAGAUGACAGCUGAUGAGCCAGGAGAUGGAGAACAAGGCCAUGUACUUGAGUACGUACGAGGAACGGGAAAACGUGUCCAUGUACGAAGAUGCCUUUGAGGGACAUAACUUGUCCAAGCUCAACCUGUGCGAUGAAGGUUCUGGAAAACGGCGCAGGAAACAAGAUCAGUGUUGCGCUCAGUUCACCUCUUUGGUGGCCAUAAAGUACGCCAUCGUGUCUCUGUACGUACUUGUGCUGCUCACCAUCUUCGGACUUUGCCUGGCAGUGUCUCGCUCCCAGGCAUGGUCGCAGCGGCAGCAGGUGCUGAUGGAGAACGUCACACACAUGUCGGAGAAUUCCCGGCUGCUCCAGCAGACGCUGGGCGAGACUUCCGAUCGGGCUGACUUCUUGGAGAACAUCUGGAAGCUGGAGAAUCUCUUCCAGAACCACAGCGACUGGCUGCAGAAGCUAGAGAUUCUCAUCAAGAGCCUUGAGGUGGAACUGAGAACCAUGCAAGCUCACUCCCUGCAGUCUGAAGGCUACCUGGUGCAUCUGGAUGAACGGCUAUCAUCGUUUAGCAGCUCCACCGGCAGGAACCUGACUGGUCUGAUUGCCGAGGUGGCGCGCACCUCCACCUGGCUCCACGACCAUAACCUGCUGCUCAUGGAGACUUCAGAUCAGGUGACCGGGCUAAGGGACAAGCUGGAGGAGGUCAACUGGACGGUGGGAGCUGUCAAUCACACCGUCAGCAAUGACAUCAAUAUUCACCAUUUGAAAAUCCACGAUCUGCAGAUUCAGAUCAGCAAUAUCACAGAGGACACAUCCAGUCUGUGGGUGACCCACUUCCACACGGAGGCGCAACUUAGAAACGAAAUGGAGCUCUUGAACACCCUCACAGAGGACCUGCGUGUCAGAGACUGGGAGCGCUCCUUAGCUCUGAAAAACAUCAGCUUCAUAGAAGGACCUCCAGGACCAAAAGGAGAGAAGGGUGACACUGGGCCACUGGGGCACACCGGCGCCCCUGGAUUAACCGGUUUAAGAGGGUUUUCUGGAGAAAAGGGCAUCCAGGGACUUCGCGGUAUCAAAGGAUCCAGUGGUGACGAUGGCAGUCAAGGAGAAAAGGGAGAUAUCGGACCCGUCGGUCCAAAAGGGGAACGAGGAGAACGAGGGAUGAAAGGAGACAAGGGUGACAGAGGAGAAAAAACGGUGGAAGACACCCUGGUACGACUGGUGAAUGGGUCAGGUCCCCACGAGGGCCGUGUCGAGGUCUUCCACGAGCGGCGCUGGGGGACGGUGUGCGAUGAUGUGUGGGACAAGAAGGAUGGCGACGUAGUGUGCAGGAUGUUGGGAUACCGAGGGGCCACCGAGGUCCACAGGACGGGACGCUUCGGACAAGGCAGCGGUCUAAUCUGGAUGGACGAUGUAGCGUGCGACGGCUCUGAGGCCGCUAUCCAUGAGUGCAAGUUCUCUGGUUGGGGCAAAACCAACUGCGGCCAUGUGGAAGACGCUGGCGUCACAUGCCUCCGCUAACGAAAGUUGGAAAUCCCUUUCACCCGAUCCAUUCCUUUAGUCCUUGGUCCUGGACAUGUUGUCAUGUGUCAUGGCAAGUGGACCCGUUUUGGUUGACAAGAUGGACAUAGAGACUUUCAAAUGAGAGACCUAUCUUGGAAACAAACCGCUUCUGAUCUUCUGGUCGGCACAAUUUUAUGCCCUAUUAUGAGGACCCUAUUGAAAGAGAUUCCUUUUUUAUAGUUAUUGUCUUCAUUUGUGUUAUUCUGGCAAUGCAAUUGCUUUACCAGAUAUUCCAGCACACACUUUCUACUAUCCGUGACAUAUAAUCUGUUCAUACCAUUCACAUAAAUACUCAGUUCGAGUGUGAUGUUACUAAACUUGUCCAACUCGUUAGCCAACUCUUCCUCGUAAUGGAUGAGACAAGCCGAGCUUCUUCCCAUAAUCUUUAGCUUGGCCGUGAUAUCGUGAUACAUCAUUGAAGAAUCUAUGCAGUCAAAUGCACAGGAAGUUGGACAUUUUGCUCGAUAUCAUUGUUUAACAAAAACCAAGACGACAGAGAUUUUAACCUGUUUUAGUUAGAAAGAGGUGCUCGUUGUUAGCAUCGCACAUGUUCGCGAUGUGUUUCACAUUACAGCUCACAGUGUUGUUUAAAGGCGUCACAUUCUGACGGAGCGAAAGUGUCGCCAAAGCUAACAUGCGGCUUCCAUUUUGUUUAUUUUCCCUGUCCCCCUUUGUCAUCACAACAUGUCUCGUCUGGAGGCCACAGGGACGCAAACAGGAUAUCUGUCUUCCACUCUUCUCUGCGUAUUUGCCUGCCGCGGUGAGACGAGACACGCCAGUUUGGCCGCUCACGUGCCGGCGCGCUAACAUGCAAACAAAGGAAUGAUUUGGUUAGUUCAUUGUAACAAAACUGUUGUGAUUUACAAAAUUGUUGGAAACUCAUCUCUAAUUAAUUGCUACGUUAAACAUCAAUGGAAUCGAUCAAACUGUUUUUGUUAGACCACGCGUUUUUUGAUAUUCUGAAUUUGUGGGGCACAGUCAUUUCUGCUCUGAAGUUCAAUGUCAAAAGAUAUCAUCUCAUUUCAAAUACAGGAAGUGCGCUAAGGAAAUCUUUCCAAAAAAAAUUGAAUCUGAAAUUGAAUGACUCUUCUGUAUGAAAUAUAAAAUCCAUUUCAGAAAAAAGAACACUGCAGCAUUGUCUUCAGCUACUGGGGCACUUCGAACAGUGCCCCUAACGCAAACGGGCUUGCUAAAAUCCCAACUUUAAUUGAAUUGUUAAUACAAUUUGGAACAACAGGGGCAAUGCCCCACAAGACUCUAAUAAGAAGCCAAACAUCGACUGCUGUAUGAAAUAUUAAGGACAUAUCAACCAGAAGGGAAUCUGAAACACCUCUGGCACUACCCCAAGUGCUUGUAAUUCACACAGGAAGCAAAAAAAUCACAAUUCCUCGCUGGCUUACUGAUAUUUUCUCAUUGCAUUGAAAGUAGUCAUGUGAUCUCCCAUUUGGGCCGAUACCUAAACCUCAUGCGGUGAGAUGCUUUUAGUUGUACCUUUUGAAAUUGAGACAUGUUCUUAACCACUUAAAUGUGGCUUCAUUUUUUUAACACAUUCUUGGUUCCAUAUCAUUCUUUUUUUUUUAUCAUGGCGCGUCGGUUAUUCAACAUUUAUUGGAAGGGCUACAACGUCUACACCCCAAAUAUUUGGUAGUACAUUGUUUGAUUUGAACGUCAACUACUAAAUGCUGCAUAUGCACUGCUGACAUAAUAAAUGUGUUUAAACAGGUGA